AUUGCAAUGGCAUGGACCGAUCUUCUAGAUCACAAGGAACAGUAAUGUGCAAACGAUGCAACGGUAGAAGAAGUUUGUCAGAAUGUAACCGCUUCUCUACCUUACAACGCUGUCAACCGCAUGAAAUUUGUGGCAUGGAAAUCCGUGUGCAAAACUCUCGGCGAACCAUUUCUGUUCAAUGCAAACAAAGACAAGCCUGUUUAAACGAAGCAACCCAGAACCGAGCGCAGUGCAGAAGAUCUUCAAGGAACAAAACAUGCCGUUUCUGUUGCAACAAGCGACUGUGUACACCAUUUAACUUUACAUGUUUACAAAUAUGAGAUACAAUUCCAAUUAUAUAUAUGUGUGACGACAAAUGUUACUUUGAAAGGUUGUAUCUCGCUUAAUGCUUGUAUUAUAGCCUAUCACGCUGAAAACCAAUGAAAUUGCUAAACGUACAUAAAUACCGACAAUAUUUAUUCUUAAACGAAUUUUAUAUGAGAUUCUAUUAAACACACAAGUUAUCUGUAUAUUUUAAACCCUGUAUGCCUUGUAUGGUCAAUAUACGUAUACCAAAAAAUAAACACGCAACAACUAGGAGAGUCGGGCGCAAAAAUAUCUCAAAAUAGCGAUAAAAAAUUAAAAAAAAUAUUCACCCACAAAGUAACUUACAGGCUAACUCGUAACGUACGAGGUGUACAGAACACCCGUGUUAUAAAGACUAUUGUUUUUACUUUUUAUAGGUUUUAUAGUUUUUAACGUAGUUUAAGCGGCGACGUGCUUAUUCAUUAAUACUUAGCUCUCUUGGUUUAUUCUAUUGCAGUACAUGGACUUCUUGCAUUAUUUAUAUUACGUAUAUUUAUAAAAUGACUGAUUUAUUGCUAAAAAUGCGGUAAACUUAAUGGGAAUCGGAAAUUUAACUUUCUUGAUGUUCUAAUAAAACGUUUGUGUGUAAUAGCCUUUGGCGAUAUUCGCGGUUGAAAUGAUCUGAACACUUGAUUUGAAACGUGUAGUAGCCUAUUCCUUAUCAGCAUUUAAAAGUAACGACAGAAAAUCAAUGAAAAAUCAGAAUACUUUAACUUUACACCAAUUGAAUUAUAUAACUUAAAUUAAGUCCUGCUGAUUGAAUGUAGCCUAUAGUUAUUCAUCGUUUAACGUGAAUCAAAGUACCAGGUUUUAUUAAGAGUUACGGCGGUAUUGCAUUUGUAGUUUUCCAAGAACUUGACAGUGCAGUUUUUAUGAACUAACUGAAUGAA